AGAUCUUUGAAGAACAGUAUGUACGAUAUAUGACAUGGACGACAGGAUGAAUAUGAUCCGCAGGGACACCUUCAUAAUAUCCGAAGCACGAAGACUACGAGAUGACGAGGGAAAUGUUUUUGCAUCUACAGCACAGAUGCCUGAUAACGAGAUCAAAUUUUACGAUUCCUCUUGUUUUUGUUUUUGUUUUGAUUUACUCUUGCCCAGCAUUGUCCAGCUCUCUAUCGCGACCGAUCAUCGCUGGAACAUCCGUCUGUGAAGAAUCCUCGUCGAUGAAGAAUUCGUGCAGCGGACUCCGCUUAACGACAACGUCCCUGGCUACUUCCCUGGCCGGCACAUUCGAACUAGGAAGGUCGGCUCGUUCGGGAAGGAGCGUGGAUACCUUUGUCCUCCAAGAGGUUCUUUCCCAACCGCGCCUCCAGUGUGAACAAGGAUUCGACCGCCCUCUGACUCCAUCGCCCAGAAGGUGGUGUAUCCCCGACAAUGGCUCUGAGCCUGGGCCAUGAUCUGGUUUCCGAUGACGGCUCCCGCCUCAUCGCCAUGCAUGGCGAACAGGGAGCCAACGGGCGUACUGUCCUAGGCGCGUGCAUUCCGGGGAGUGCACACGCCCAGCUCGCAAGGGAUGAGGGUAAGUGAAGAGCGGGUCGUCAGGUGCUCUCGCUCGUGUAUUAUGCGUUGUCGGCGUCACGGGCGAGAUAAUUGUGCCCUGCACAGGUGAUCCGCAAGC